AUAGCGCAAGGGGCGGAGCGAACGACUGACAAACAUGGAGUAGUAGCGAGCGAGCAACCUGAUCAGAAUGAACCUCUGUAAACUAUCAUAAACUACAAAUCAUGGGGUUCAUCUUUCAAAGACAGCGCUCUAUAUCGAAACAUUUACAUAUAUUUUACUAACCAGUGUUUGACAGAGGCGUCUGUCCUCUCUCGCUAGUUUUAUUUUUUUAAAUUAAUUUAUGGCCGCUAUGGAUUACCUGCUGCAGGUGAAAGUUGGAGCUCUGGUUGGGCUGCUGAUCCUAACUCUGUGUUUUGGUUUUAUCCCAGCGCGGAUGAAAUGGUUUCAAGUCGCUAGUGGAACAGUGACCCACAGGGCCGUGCUGAGUUUUGUGAGCUGCUUCGCGGGUGGCGUCUUCCUGUCCGCCUGUUUGUUAGAUAUCAUCCCAGAUUACCUUUCCGACAUACAUGAAGAGCUACAAAAGCAAGGCCUUGAUGAAGGCUUCCCGCUUGCAGAGUUCAUCAUGGCGUGUGGCUUCUUCACAGUCUUGAUCUUGGAAAAGAUAGUUCUGAGUUGCACAGAGGGCCACAGAAAUGAGGAGACGGCUCCUCUUUUAGCUCCUGCAGGUAACGGACAUGCCCAUGGACAUCACUCGCUGAAUGAUCUGGAGGGGAGCGGUCACCACGUCCACGUGGAUUUUCACGCGCACUCGUCCUUCCGCUCCUUCAUGCUCUUCCUGUCUCUCUCUCUCCACUCGGUGUUUGAAGGUUUGGCCAUUGGCUUGCAGACCACAGACACGAAGGUGCUGGAGAUCUGCAUCGCUAUCCUGGUCCACAAGAGCAUCAUCGUCUUCAGUCUGUCAGUGAAGCUGGUUCAGAGUGCGGUCAGGCCCCUGUGGGUGGCGCUCUACGUGGCCGUCUUCGCUGUGAUGUCUCCUCUCGGCAUUAGCAUCGGCAUCAUUGUGAUCGAGGCUCAGCUGGAGGCUGGCGCUUUGAUCCAGGCGGUGCUGGAGGGGCUGGCGGCCGGGACGUUUGUCUACAUCACCUUCCUAGAGAUCCUUCCCCAUGAACUGAACUCCCCUGAGCAGCCACUGCUCAAAGUGUUCUUCCUCCUGUGUGGUUUCUCAGUAAUGGCUGCUCUGAGUUUCCUGGGCUGAAAAAUACUUUGCAUUUUUUUCGUGCCCCGUGGCCAGAAAACUGGAACCUUCACAAACUGCAUGUGAUUUCAAGGAAACGAAAGGCUCAGUUUGCUUGUUUUUUUUUAGAGGAACUGAUAUUUACAAGCACAAAGAUGCUGAUGUCUUUAAAAACUUUGACCUGAUCAUUUAUCAGUUUUAAAUGAGGAAAAAAAGAAAUUUUCCUCAGCACUGAGAAACAUAGUAUCUGACAUGUAAAUGGAGUAUUUUACAGAUUU